UGCCUUCAGGAAGAAGCUGAAGUGGAAGAAGAUGUGAGAUCAGAGGAAGAGUCUGAAGAGGAAUCUGAGGAUGAGGAGAAGCGUAAAGGCACCCAGGGUGUUAUUCAGAUUGAGAAUCCCAAUUUGGCUAAGCCAAAAAAUGUGAAAGCUAGAGACAUUGAUAUGGAGAAAACAACUGAACUUUCACGUCGUGAAAGAGAGGAGAUAGAAAGACAGAAAGCCCAUGAAAGGUAUAUGAAGCUUCAAGAACAGGGGAAAACAGAACAAGCGAGGAAAGAUUUAGAACGCUUAGCCCUUAUAAGGCAACAAAGAGCAGAGGCUGCUAAAAAACGUGAAGAGGAGAAAGCUGCCAAAGAGCAGAAGAAGGUGGAAGCUCGCAAAUGAGGUUGAUAGAUUCCAAGAUGUGAAAUUAGUAUUUUGAUGGUUUAAAAGCAGUUAGUAGUUUCUACAGUUAAAGAUUGUUAUACAGCCAUGUUGGCCAAUUGUUAAGACUGAUGUUUCUCAUAAGUUUGACAAUUCGUGGUUGUUGAAACAAGAUCAAUACCUUUCAGUAUUUUUGCCUUAUGUUCUGUAACACAAGUUGCACAAUGGCGUAUAUUUGGCCUUAACGGUUCUAUGAAGUGUAUGCCUGUCUUUGUUGAAUUA